CAACAGGUUGAUAGGAGCCCCUCUCGUGCGCGCGGUCCUCCUCCUCCCGCGGCCGGAGCGCGUGCAGCACAUCCCGGUGUCAUCACAUCACCGCUGCACGAGACCACUGCAGCAGCAGCUCACGGCUCGUGCCUCGUUCUGAAAAACUAACGGUCGCAGAGCGGCGGAGAGAGAAAACAAACCGGACAGAAACAGCCGCACAGUCGGUGAAGAUAACUUUGGUGGACAAGAGUUCUGCUUCUUUCUCCUCCAUUCUCUCUCUCUCUCCUGUCACUUAUUCUUCCUCCCUCUCUUUCCUCCCUCCCUCCCUCCCUCUCUCCCUCUCUCUCUCGGUCUCUCUGACUCUGUGAUGCCGGGCUGUGGGUGAGUCGAUGCCCGUGACCAGACUGAAGCUGGGGAAGCUAAAGGUGGUGCGGCGGCAGCUGCUGCAAAGGUAUGAACACCAGCCGUUUGUCUCCUGCCUGGCCGGCCUCUACGGUUGCCAAUGGAGACGAUACCAGAGAGCCCGGGCUCAGCCUGGAGAGUGCUGCUGCAGCAAGGUGGAAUGUGGCAGUUUUGGCCUCCUGAUCCUCACCUUCUUCCUGAGUUUUCUCUUCCUGUAUUUCUGGAGUGAAGCCCAGAAUGACUACAACGACUUUGACUGGUUUAAUUUUGGGACCCUUGGUUUCUGGUUUCCUUGGUCUCUGGUCCUGCUGGUCGUUGCUGCUGCUCUCUUCACAUACAUUGCCCUACUAUUGGUGCUGGCGGUGUGUCUGCUCUCUGAGGGUCAGAGGCUCUACCUUCACUGGAGCCACAAGACUGGCAUCGUGGUGACGCUGGCGUUCUCCGUCACAGCUACUGCCAUCCUGUCUGACCUCUGGAGCAAAGAAUGGAAAACUCUCCUCCUGUCUCUGCAGGUGACAGCACCUUACCUCCAUGUAGGUGCAGUCUCAUUAAUGGCGAUUCUCUCCUGGCCAAUAGCGUUGCACUUCUUCCGCAUGAACAAGAGAGUGCGUCAGGUGGCUGUCCUGGGUCUCUACCUGUCUGUGCUGUUCUCUCUCUACCUGGUCCCUCUGGGAAUGUACUCACCCUGCAUUAAAGAGGCAGGAACACUAGGACCUGCACCAGCACUCAUAGGACACAGAGGAGCUCCAAUGCUUGCUCCAGAGAAUACUGUGAUGUCGUUUGAGAAGGCAGUGGAAGCUGGAGGAGAAGGACUAGAGACUGACGUCACCAUCAGUUACGACGGUGUUCCCUUCCUGAUGCAUGACUCCACUCUGAAGAGGACGACUAAUGUUGCAGAGGUUUUCCCAAAUCGAACACAUAUCGAUGCCUCCAUGUUCACGUGGGCCGAGCUACAGCAGCUGAAUGCUGGCGGCUGGUUCUUAUCGAGGGAUCCGUUUGGUACUGUGUCGUCCCUGUCUGAGUCGGACCGUUCCCAGGCCCAGAAUCAGUCUGUUCCCUCUCUAGCCCAGUUCCUUGAGGUUGCAGCUGGGACUGGCAGACUAGUGCUGUUUGACCUACGCAGGCCACCGUAUGGACACCCGUACAGUCAGUCAUACAUCAACACCACUCUGCAGGUCAUACAGGCCCACAUCAACUCCUCACAGGUGCUGUGGCUGCCUUCUGAAGACAGGGACCUGGUCCAGGCUGUGGACCCACAGCUGCAGCAGACUUCUGGAGAAAAGGCAUCAAUCCAAGAGCUGACAGACGACCACAUCACCAGACUGAACCUGCACUACAGCACCAUGUCACAGCAGCAGAUCCGUAAAUACCAGUCGGUGAACAUCAGCACUAACCUGUAUGUGAUCAGCCAGCCGUGGCUCUACACUCUGGCCUGGUGUUCUGGAGCACAUUCUGUCACCAGCAACUCCAUCCACAUCCUGUCCAGCAUCAACAAGCCUCUCUUCCUCAUGACUCCAGAGGAAUACAGUCUGAUGUGGAUUCUAACUGAUGUGGUGUCCGCCUUCCUCAUCAUUGUAGUUUUCGUAUUCCAUUGGUGGAGAGAGAGAGGUCUGCCCUUCUGGUCCGGCAGCCGCCAGACUCACGAGAACGGACCCUACAGCAAGUUCAGGACAGACUCCUCAGAGGUCAUCUGUGUUGGCUGGAGUCCUCUCCACGCUGAGCCUCCUGCUGGAGCCCUUGUCUCCCUCCCUCUGGUCUUCAACCCAUGACACCCUGCAUGUCCCUUCAGGAGCCUGUAUCAACCAUGAACCCUAGCUCAGCGAUGUGUGGUCCAUCUCCAGCGUCAACGUCCGGCCCGAUCUACGGAGCGCGCCCAGUUCACCCAGUACCCCUCACCUACCCACCAUCACAGAGGAGUGACUGGGGGAGGGAGGGGAGACAGAGAGGCAGGACAGGCAGGCAUAGUGAGAAAAUGGAAGUUAAAACCCCUGCAGAUGUUCAGACCGUGAGCAUUUGUUAGUCAGAAUAUUCAUAACCGGCAAAAAUUAGAUGUCAUUCGAUCAGAUUUGACAACAGCUUUUAUCACAUUUGGAUUGAAAUGCUGCUAAACUCUGAUUGCUGCUCUGAAGUAAAUGAAAUGUGAAAUGACCGUUUCCCAACUUUAUAUAUAGAAGAGAAGGUAGUGGAGUCUACAGAUGAGCAGGUCCAGAUGUUUGGAAGUCAGGACAAAGCAGAACAGAUUACAGUGUUUAGGUAAGUGAGACGCAGCAAACUCUCUGGUUUCUCCACCUCCUCUCUGAUCCAUCUGUGGGUCGACUGACAGCAGGAACUCAACUGUUGAACCAAACCUCCUCCACUGAUCUGCAGUCAGAGACUGAGAGACUCUGGACACGAGCCGAGGAGCACCAGUGUCCAUUUCCAUGAUAUCAUCCCAUAGAUGCCAUUCAACUCCUGGGAUGUGAGGAUAUUCAGACACAAAACCAGACGGCAACACGCUCGAGAACAUUUUCAUCUCUGGUCAUUCAACUCCACCAGCUGAGCUCAGCAACGAAGCCUGACGAAUGAAAGAAGAGAAUAAUGAAUAUAUUCUGCUGUAGUGAUACUUUUAGUCGCUUUCGCUCUUUCUGUCUCUUGUUUCUAGUUGAUUAAGACCAAAUGUUGUCCGAGGAGGUGAAGCUCUGAGAGACUGAAAGCUCAGGAGACGUUUGGAGGACGAUAAAAUGGACUCUGAAUAAUAUUUUAUGUACGAGUUCUACUUUUUCAUUUCCAGCUGUACAGAUACCAGGUUCAUCAGAUCAAAGGUAAACCACAUCCUCAGCUUUAAUCUGGGUUCAGUGUAUGAACUGUACACUGUUGGACUGACAGAAUGAAUGUAAACCCGGGGAUUGAGAAGGUAACAGUUAGUGAGUAUUUGUACUAAAGUGAAUGUAUUAUUCAGCAAGGCAGCGUUUCUCAAAAGUAUGUGGGUUGUUUCGGCUGGGAGUCUUUUCAGUUUGGCUGCAGAUUUGUGCCAAAUGUUUCAGCUGCUCUAAAUAAAGAUUAAAAAAAAGAUGCUUUUGAGAAACCAGACCUUGCACUCUUUGCAAGGCAGCAGCUUUGUCCUCAAAUAUACGCACACAGUACUUUGUGGAAGUGUGACUAUACACUCAACCUGUGCAACGUUGUCCUGAUGUUGGAUCUGAAACCCAGAGUGUCUCCUCUCAACCUUUCAGGUGUGAAAUCCAAGAGGUCAGGAGCCUGGAUUUUCUCAAGGGUUUGCUGCACAGUUUUGGAGAUGAGGCAGGACAUGUUGCAGUAAGUGCCAUUAAAAAAAAAAAAAGACUGGAUUUUUCAUCGUUGAGCUUUAUUCACCCGUCAUAGCAAACGUGCAGGAAUUAAUUGAGAAAAUAUGACAGCGGUUUCCGACAAAUCUCCUUGGAUGCACAUAGUCUAGAGGUAUUUAUUGUAAAGAAUCAGUGUUCAACGGGCUGCUCGGUAUCUUAACCAGCAGUCUGAAUCCAUGUGCACGAUUCACCAAACUAUGCUUUCAUUUAGCAUUUAAUUCUCAGAUAAAUAGUGGACUUCUUAAGUUUAGGGUUUAGUUGUAUUUUGGCUGUUGGUCUCAUGUAGACUUGAGGUCAUCUUGUCUUUGUCUGUGUGAACUGAACCACGCUUUGGUCUAAAGUUGGACUCGGAGGCCAGGUUCUGGUUCGUCUCACUGCAAACACGAAACCCGAGUGAGAAACUAAACUGUGUUAAUAUAAAGACUGAAAAUGCAACCAAGCAACUUAAUGUAAUGUGUUGUAAUAUGUGGUUAGCUGUUAGUUUUACGGUUCUUUGUGUUCCUGUUGACAAUAUAGUAGCUGAUCUGUUGGGUAGGCUACGCGUUUUAGCUACAGGUAUCUAUCGCUAUAGCUGCGCAGCCAUAUUUAUUCUAUUGAAUAUGAUGUUUCCCACCGUAAGACCGUUCCUUUUUUGGCGAAUGAGUCUGGUGACAAUGCAGCUCUGCAUUGGGUUUCUUUUGGAGAUGCGUUGCAUUUCAAGCCUUGCAUGUGUUGGGUUUAUCCAACUUUUUCUUUUAUAGAUGCUUUCUUAAAGUGAUCACUUUAGUCUCUGAGCUCAUAAUCUGGUCCAUUUGUCCACCUGAAAGCUGAAGUGUAGAAGAAGUCUAACAACAUUAACCUGCGAAACACAACAAUGAAGAUUUGGUUCACAGUGAGUGUACAGAUGAGCAGCAGAGAAGUGCUCAAACUUUAACAGAUUUCAUGUUAGCUAACUAACAAACACGUUUACUGGGCACAUGAAGCUGAACCAAACAAGGAAAACCUUUUUACAGUUUCUGUUUUUUUUAAGUCUCUAUCUUUAAGGCAAACAUCCAGUAGAAUUACCUUUGCAUGCUGCUCUGCAUGUUAAUCCAGUGAAGGUAAAAUUAAACUAUAGUUAUGACCCAGAAGAGAAUAGAUGAGGAAAAUAGUUGGAAACAGGUGAAGCCCACAGGCUUCUACAUAAACCGUCUCACUGCAGACAAACUGCUUGUCAUCAUUUAGUCUCCACUCAGGACCGCUGAGCAAAAUUAUUAGAUGCAUGGAAAGAUUUUCUUGCUUCUCUGCAACAUAAAGAGCAAGGCUUUGACUUUCUCAUUUCCUGAUGCAGCCGUCAUCGGUACAACAUCUCUGCUUUGCUUAAUGCCUGCAAGAGUGCAUCGUAGUUAAGAGUAGUUUUCUACAGGGUACGUUUAAGGUCAUUAAUGGAGCCGUUUGUUAGCAGAAGUUCUCCAUGUCAGAGUUGUGUUGUAGUUUUGGCUCCAUCAGUGGCAUGUUUUAGAAUUCAUGGUUUGAUCCUGGAAGGACUCGACCCUCCACAGAGACACUGGUGUGGCAGCGCUUGUUCUUUUAAUGCACAAAUAAUCUGGAUGUGAGGAGACGCCCAUUUGUAAGAGACGUUUUUAGGAUUGUGGAUGUACAAUGUUGUAUUUCCGAAACGAAAACUGUCAAACAUUCCUGAAAUCAGACUUUAUUAUGGGAGAGAACACAGGCUCAUGUCAACGCUGCUGUGUAAAUGCUCGACCAUGUCCUUGAAUAAUGAGCUUCAGUACUUGUUGCUGAGCAAAAUGACUUCUGUGUAACGAAAUAAUAAAAAACGAGUACCUAUUCUUUCAAA